GUUUUGGCUGCAUUGGAACCUAACAGCCAUUUAGCCCCACUGUGCUGUUUGUCUGUCUGUUGCUGUCUGCGUGUCUUUUUCCCGGGAUACCGUUGAUCUGGAAACUCUAGGAAUAUCACAUCCGGUCAUGGAAUACCUGGGAGUAGUUCUACCUUCGUCCAGGACCGAGCAGUGACUUCUAAAUGUCGGUGAUCCCCGCUGUUUGCCCGUUUUCUCCGGGAUGUGACCGUGUGAUGGCUGCGGUCCAGUGAACUGGGAGCACGUUGACUGACUGCUCUGCCUGUUCGAUCCACCAGUUUGUUAGCGUCUCCUCACUGGUCUAACUGGGAUUAUUGGCGCCUAUGGAGUGCACAUGAACGUUUGUCGGAACGGGAUUACACACGGGGAGGAGAUGUGGGGAGCAGGGAGGAGGCGCGGGGUCCUGCCCUGAGGAGGCGUCCUGUGGCUGGGAGGAGUGCGGCCCUCCUGUGGCCCUCCUGCGGCGCUCCGGGACGAUCCUACUAAGAUGUCCCUCAGCAGCGGCCCUGCAGGCGGGAAAGGUGUGGACUCCAACGCGGUGGACACGUACGACAGCGGCGAUGAGUGGGAUAUCGGUGUUGGCAAUCUGAUCAUUGACCUGGACGCAGACUUGGAGAAGGAUAAACUAGAGAUGUCGAGCAGCAAGGAGGGAGGGGGCAUGGCGGCCCCCCCCAGCGCUGUGGCUGCUUUACCUGACAAUAUAAAGUUUGUUAGUCCUGUAGCUGCCACACAGGGCAAAGAGAGCAAAUCUAAAUCCAAACGUAGUAAAAACUCUAAAGAGAGCGUGAAGGCCCCCGUCUCAGACGGAGCCAAGAAGGAGGUUCAGAGUCGGGCCCCUGGGGACCCGCCCCCCCAGAGCCCCAACUCUACUCCCACUAAGGGAACGGACAAGUCCAGUAAACCCUCCCGAAACCUCCCAGCAGUGAAAAAGGACAAAGACGGAGUAUCUGGGAAAACUAAGAAGGAGAAAAUGGAGGUGGGGGUCACAGGAGUGGUCAGCACUGAGAAGGAGGCCGUGGCCCCCAUCCUGCCACUGGGGGCCCCUCGCAGCGGCCCCUUCGAGGGCCAACAAAACCCUGAGUUGGCUGCCGCUGAGCAGCUCGGGAAUAUGGCACUGGACUCGGCAGGGAUUGGCCAGCCUGUUGCUAUGACAACAGAGCAGGAGGAGGUGGAUAACGGUGAAUGCAGAAAUCUGAAGAAGGUGGUCAGUGUGAAGAUGGAGUCUCCUGUCUCCACCCCUGCUCCUCCUCCUCUCCACCUCCUCGCCCCGGUCACAAACAGCGACAUCUCAUCCCCCUGCGAGCAGAUCAUGGUCCGCACACGCUCAGUAGCGGUGAACACAGCGGACGCCGCGCUGGCCACAGAGCCGGAGUGCCUGGGACCCUGUGAGCCCGGGACCAGCGUCAACCUGGAGGGCAUCGUGUGGCAGGAGACCGAGGACGGCAUGCUGGUUGUGAACGUCACCUGGAGGAAUAAAACGUAUGUUGGGACCCUGCUGGACUGCACAAGACACGACUGGGCGCCACCAAGGUUCUGCGAUUCUCCCACCAGUGACGUGGAGAUGCGGAGCGGUCGUGGUCGGGGGAAGAGGAUGCGUCCCGGCAGCAACACGCCGCUGAACGACAACAGCAACUCCUCUGAUAACAAAGGAAGCGGAAGCAGCAAGACGCGCGGCGCCGCUGCUAACAGCAAAGGGCGGAGAGGAAGCCAGACAACAGGCGUCGAGGACGCCAAGGCAAGCCCCUCCUCUGCCAAGAGGAAGGCUAAACCAGCCUCUGACAUGGAGCCCACCUCCAGCUCCGAGGACACCAAGGCAUCAAAGAGGAUGAGAACGAACUCCACCGGCGCCGCACUCCCCCUACCUGUAGGGAAGUCUGAGCCCCUCCCCCACCCGCCGCUGGACAGGACCUGCCCCUCCCCAGUGCUCAUCGACUGCCCCCACCCCAACUGCAACAAAAAGUACAAGCACAUCAACGGGCUCAAAUACCACCAGGCCCGAGCCCACAACGACCAUGACGUCCGCUUGGACCAGGACGCCGACAGCGAGUAUGGGGAUGACCCCGCCCUCCACCCUGACCCUGCUUCCUGUAACGGUGCUGCUAUUUCUCCCGCCCGCUCCACCACACCUAAAGGGCGGGGUUUUGACGCCCCGUCCACCUCUCCAGGAAAGCUGAAAGGAAAGAAGAAGGCAGGAGAGGCGGAGCCUGAAGUGACAGACGGCGGCGAGGAGGCGGCGUGUCUAACAGACGAGGCGAGCAACGAUGGGAUGGAUGACAGGAAGGCCAAGAAGAUGGCGGUGGGGGGGAAACCUGAUAAACUGACUCCGAAAGGUGUAAAGCCGACUCGCCCUGUUGCCCCCGGAGCCCCCUCGCCCUACGCCAUGCAGGCAUCCUCCCCCGCUCUGGGCUCAGUGGUACAGUCUGUCCCCAAGAGCCCCCAGAUGAAAAACAACCAACCCAAACCCCCACCGCUGGCUGACCCCGCCUCCAGCCCCACCCUCACCAAGGACAAGAAGAAGAAGGACAAGAAGAAGAGGGAGGGGGGGAGGGAGGGGGACAGUCCGAAAGCAGCAGGUAAGGGGGGUAGGCCGGAGGAGGGCAGGAGCCCGUACUCCGAUGCGGAUUCAAUGCUGAACGGCUCCUCAGAAGCUCAUCAGAGCCGGCUCGCCAGCAUCAAGGCCGAGGCCGACAAAGUGUACAGCUUCACCGACAACGCCCCCAGCCCCUCCAUUGGGAGUGGCAGCAGGAUCGAGCCCGGCCUCGGGCCCCCCCUCCAACUCAACCAAAAUGGAGCGGACAACGCAUCUGUGAAAACCAGCAGUCCUGCUUACUCCGACAUCUCAGACGCAGGUGAGGACGGCGAGGGGAGGGCAGAAGGCGUGAAGGUGAAGACAGAGCCUGAUCAGGGGCCUCGUGAGGGGGCCAAGAAGGCGCUGUUCCCCCCUCAGGCCCCAAGCAAAGACUCGCCCUACUACCCAAACUACGACUCGUACUACUCCCCCAACUACCCCAACCCCAGCCCGGGGGCACCAUCCGCAGCCACGCCUCACGUUGAGGGGGCUCAGGUGAAGGUGAAGAAGGAGGAGGACUCAGAUGUGGGGGAGGAGCCAAAACUUAAGGUGGAGCCUCAGGAGGAGAGGAAGAUUGAUCCGGGGCCUCAGCAGCCGUCAGUCAUCCAGCAGCGGUCCAACAUGUACACCCAGCCCAUGUACUACAACCAGUACUACGUCCCCCCCUACUCAUACUCCCCAGACCAGGCCUAUCACGCCCACCUGCUCGCCUCAAACCCCGCCUACCGCCAGCAGUACGAGGAGCGCCAACGACAGGCUGACAAGAAGGCGGAGGGCAAAGAGCGGGAGGCAAGUGGGAAGGACGAGUGGAAGCAGAAAGCAUCUGUUCCCCCCACCUUGUCCCGAGCCCCCAGCCUCACUGACCUCGCCUCUAAGGGGGGGCUGAACCCAACGAAGUCCAAAGAGCCCCUGCCUUCCUCAGAACAAACAAAGUCCGUCAUCAUGGUGAAGGGGGAGGAGCCCAAAGCCCCCGCCGCCCAGCCAGAGGGCUUGAAGAUGAAGCUGAGUGAAGCAGGGCAUCAUGGGAAAGAGGAGACCAAGCCGGGGGCGGAGUCAGGUCGAUCGGCAGGUGCAGAGCCCGCCAUGUGGUACAGACAGGAGCCGGACUCUCGCUUGUGGCCGUACGUCUACCCGAACAAAUACUCUGAAGCUCCUAAACCCCAGGAGGAGGAGCGCUGGAAGGAGGAGCGGGAAAGGGAGAGAGAGAGGGAGAGAGAGAGGGAGAGGGAGCGCGACAGGAAGGGGAAGGAGGAGAGGCCGCGGCCAAAGGAGGUCAUGGUGAAAGAGGAGGUGAAGGAGGGGGUGGAGUGCAGGACUCAGAUGCCUCCAGAGGAGCACAGAGGGGGAGGGAAGGAGGUGCGGCCCCCCCACAUGCAGUUCUCCUCGCCCCUGGCCCAGCACCAGGGCUACAUGCCCUACUUGCACGGACAGUACCCCUACAGCCACGGCUACGAGCCCGCCCACCCUGGAUACAGAGGCAUGCCCUCGGUCAUGAUGCAGAACUACCCCGGAUCGUACCUGCCUCCGGGUUACUCCUUCCCCUCGUACGGAGGGAAGGUGGCGGGGGAGGAGGGGGAGAAGGCCUCCAGGUCCAGUCCCAACGUGAAGCCGCCGGGUGAGGCCAAAGCUCUGGACCUGCUGCAGCAGCACGCCAGCCAGUACAAGAGCAAAUCCCCGUCCAUCUCUGAAUCCAAACCCCCCCACGAGCGCGAGAGAGAGCGGGACCGCGAUAGGGAGCGAGAGAGAGACAGGGAGAGAGAGGGCGACCGGCCGCGCUCGUCCCCCUCACAAAGAAUCAUGCCCUCCCAUCAUCACCUGGGGUACCCGCUGCUGUCGGGACAGUACGAACUGUCCUACGCCUCAGGUCUCUCCUCCUCAGCCAUCGUCGCCAGUCAGCAGGUGUCCGCCCCGUCCAUGUACCCGCCCGCACGGAGGUGAGAACGGCACACCUGAUUGGUCGGCCUCCAGCCUUCCGGAGUCAUGUGACUGGAUCACAUGAGGAAGCGUUUCUGUUUGAGCAUCAGUUCAAUGGUGUUUGUGUACGUUUGAUUUCUCUGCCUGGACGUCCGGCCGGCUGCUUCGCCCCCUCGCUGGACCCGCUGAGACCUCGGGAGGAUUAAAGGCUCUCAGUCUACUGGUCCUACUGGUUCCACUGGUUCUGAUGAUCCAGGUGUGGACCAUGGUGCUCAGUUGGGCGGGCAGAGAAAGGUGUGUGCUCACAGACUGACGGCAGAGAGGACCUGGUGGGCGGGGACACGAUGAGAUGCCGCUUCUCGGUUGUUUUGGAUGCGGAAGGAGCAGCGGCAGCGGGGUUGGACAGUCCCAGGCGGUGUGGGAGCUGUGACAUCAUCUCAAAGACUCCGCCCACAGUGACCUAUGAUGUCUCUGACCCCGGUGGACAUCGUCACUCUUUGACCUGGAAGUCCCUCAGCUUCACAGGAAGUCACAAAUACUGUGGAGGGAGGAGGACGGACCAAUCAGAGGGCAGCGUUUGGACUGAUGCGGCGUCCUCAGACUCCUCCUCCUCAGUGUGUAGCUGUACUGUACUCUGUGUGUGCGUGUGUGUGUGUGUGUGUAAAUACUGUACAGAGGAAUUAUUUUAAAGAGCCUGUUGGAUGCUGUUGGAUUUCCUACUCUUGUUUUUGUCUGGUAGCCUCUGCCUCUGUUUUUCUACUGUUGUUGAUCUGAUAUUAAACCUGUAGCUGGUGGAAUGGC